CGCUCCGGAAUCAAACAGCUGGAAGGCGAGGUGUUCAGAGAUUUCCUUCCAUAUCCGGGUCACAAGAAGACCAACAUCAUCAUCACCAACAGGCGUGUUUUCUGUGUGAAGGAGUUGGACUUUGUGGGUCACUUCACCACAGAGUGGGAAUGUUUGUACAAGAACUUCUAUCGUCCUCCGGAGGUGACUGAAUCAGAGCUGAGAAUUUACUGCAAGGAGCAACAGAAGCUGAAACUCACCAAAACUCAGGACAUGAGGACUCUGUAUCUGAAAGACCCAAAGACUGCUCAGGACUUGCAGGAGGCUAUACGUGAUGCUCAGGUGGCGCAGCAGCAGCACCGGAUGGCCAGACAGAAGUCUCAGCGCUUCUUAAAACUUAGCACAAAGAAGUGAUGUCACUUCCUGUCCAUUGCUGCUUAGAGGGCAGCUGACUCAAAAGUGUUUGUGUCAGAUGUUACUGUACCUGCAACUGAUUUAAGAUGCAAAUCUGCCUGAAGAGGCGGGUCCAUCUAUCCACAUAGUUUCAUCAGCCGGUAACGAAGGAAUUCUGGGACUGCAGUUUUUGUUUGUUGAAUGUUUUCCGUUAUUUCCUGUCAGAAUAUGAAACGAAAUACAUCCUGCAGCGAAAUUAAAACCCAUGAACUACUAAAACCUCACGAACCAUCCUGAAGCUAUAAGAUCUAUUCAGAAAAAUCUAACAAUCGUGUUUUAUUUGAUUGUUUUCUUUUGACGAGUCCUCUGAGUUUGUGGGGUUUUUGUCCCUGUGCUGUGCCUGCAGGCUUUCCUGCCUCGCACCUGAAGAUGGAGCCAAAAUCAUGUUUUUGCACUAGAAGAAUAUUUACAGGAAUGGUUGUUUUUGUUUGUUGGCUGUGGGGCAUUUUCUGGAAGAAGAGCACAAAUAUUAAAAAAACGAAUUUAACCACUCAUGUAAACCUGUGAUGUGAAAAUGAAUCAUAACUGCUGAGUUCAAACACAUUCAGAUUUAUUAACGUUUGAUUGAAAUUUGCUUUAUUUCGCUUUUAUAUUUUCUGAGAUUCUGAACUGUAACCUAUAAAGAUGAGAUUUAAUAACG